AUGCCACUCUGGGCCUUCGAUCAGUUCGUCGUCUCGGAGGUCGGCGAGGAGCCCGAUCUCUGUGGGGACCUCGCAAACGUCGGAAUGCGUCGCAGCGAGGGGCUCAAGGCGUAUGUGAAUGAGCUGGAGAAGGUUGUGGAGAACUUCUCCACGGAUAAGGUCUAUACCUUCUGCAUCUGGGGCGUGUCCCAGUUCUUGGAUUGCAUCCGCUGGGAAGCACGGGGCAUCAUUCCAGGCAUGACCUUUGGUUUCUCCCGCUUUGGGCUGAAAGCGCCCCUGACCAUUGCGAUCUAUGAGAUGCCCGGAGAGCAUCCCGACCCGAGGCACCUGAGGUCCCGCAAGAGGUAUUACCUGAAUGUCGCCAUGUGGAGCGCCUUGCAUCCCCCAGAGGGCGACAAGCUGAAGGAGCUCAUAGGUCUGCCCCAGUCGCAGGUGGAAGAGACAGAGUCCAAGCAGAGCAAUGCACUGGCGAUGUGGUUUGGCAUUCUGACGAGGUCGGCCUCUGAUUGGGAGCAGGUAUCCAGACAAGCCUCGGAUAGGCCUCGGGCCGCUUCUUCUGAAAGCGAGCUUGAGGUUCGAAGCGAGGAGGCUGUAGCAUCACAUCCGCGACCUCAGUCAAGCCGCAGCUCUUCCUCGCCGUGCGCCCUGGAGGCCAGUGAGGAUGGCCCCGAGGCCGACGAAUGGGCGACGCCACGCUUGGCAGAGGAACAUUUGGCAUCGAGACCCAGCUCAGGAGGUUUGCUCUCACAGCUCACGACAAGCCAGAGCUUCUGCAAAGAGGCACAAGACUUGUUGGAACAGCUCACGAGCGCCGCCCGACCACCGCCCGCUCAGGUCGAAGACGUCGAGGCAGAUAUCCAACCCGCGUCUCCUGAGCCUCCGGCAGAGGUCGAAGACGUCGGGGCCGAUUUCCGACCCACGUCUCCCGAGCCUCCGGCUGAGGUGGAAGACGUCGUGGCGGAUUUCCGACCCACAUCUGCCGAGCCUCCGGCUGAGGAUGGAUCUGCGAGGGAGGACUCGGAGUCUGCCGCCUCCCAAGAAGAGGCACAAGAUUUGUCGGAACAGCGGACGGCUGCCGUCCGACCACCACCCGCUCAGGUCGAAGAUGUCGUGGCGGAUUUCCGACCCACGUCUCCCGAGCCUCCGGCUGAGGCCUGCAAGGAUGGAUCUGCGAGGGAGGACUCGGAGUCUGCCGCCUCCCAAGAAGAGGCACAAGACUUGUCGGAACAGCUCACGGCUGCCGCCCGACCACCGCCCGCUCAGGUCGAAGAUGUCGUGGCGGAUUUCCGACCCACGUCUCCCGAGCCUCCGGCUGAGGCCUGCAAGGAUGGAUCUGCGAGGGAGGACUUGGAGUCUGCUGCCUCCCAAGAAGAGGUCGAAGACGGCGUGGCGGAUUUCCGACCCACGUCUCCCGAGCCUCCUACUGAGGAUGGACCUGCGAGGGAGGACUUGGAGUCUACGACCUCGCAAGAAGAGGUCGAAGACGUCGAGGCGGAUUUCCAACCCGCGUCUCCCGAGCCUCCGGCUGAGGACGGAUCUGCAAGGGAGGACUUGGAGCCCACGGUCUCGCAAGAAGAGGCCCAUAUACAGCCGACGUCCGCUACGUCGCCAGAAGAGUCGGACACGGACUCUGACUCGAGCAGCGCGAGUUCGGACUCGGAGUCUUCGGACUCAGAGGAGGAGUCGGAGGGGGACGACAGCUCAAACAGCUCGGAGGCCCCCGAGGAGACUGGGGCAGAGGCCGAAGAGCAUCAAGAAGAACCCGAAGAGCAGGAGCAGGUGAACAGCGGCACGCUUACACCCAUUGACGAAGGCUGCUUGACGCCAUUGGAGCUGGAUGAGCUUCAGGAUGUUGAGCCGGAGGUGGUGGAGCUUUCAGCCACGGCGAUCUGGAAGAACAAAAUUCUUGGCCGGCCUACACCCAGCGAUGACAGGCCUGUGGCAGAGACCACGCCUGACACCGCCUCCCAAAGGCCGGGUGCGAUUUUCCCGCCCUCCGCCGUGAUGCAAGCUAGGCCCCUCCUAGAGCCAGCGCCGGCCAAACGCGCCUUGGCGUCGCUUCGCGUCAGCGCCAAGGAGCUGGCAAAGGAGAAGUUGCAGAUGCUUCAGCGACAGCGUGCUGAGGGGAUCCUCUAUGCCAAGAUGGAGGCUCCAUCAACAUUGCAACUUCAUCGCAUGAAGUCGUCCAAAGCCGGCCUGAUACAGAUGGAUGGCACCUGGGAGCAAGCAGCUAUGGGCGGAUCCCUUGGCAAAGCUCUGCCGCUCGCCCCCCUCAGAGCGAAGCAGGCGCCGGUGAAGGAGGACAAGAACUGCAAGACUCGAUCCAAGGCCAAUGCGAUGUCCAAGUCGCAGAGCUUGCCGGCCAUCUCCCCGGGCCAGCGGGCGCAUGCUCAGCGGGAGGCUGCCCAGGCGCGGAUGCAAGGCUUGCAGGUGCGGGCUUUCGACAUGAGAUGA